AUAUUUUCUUAUCUUAAGAACGAAGAAACCUUAACUCUUCAUAUCUUCAUCUGUAAUCUGUAUCGAUCGAGCCAGACGGCACGGACCAAAGGAGUGACUCGCUCCCCUCCCAUGGCAGAGAAGGAAGAACCCAUGAGUCUCAACCAGAGACACGCUCGUCUUCUCAAAGACUUGUCUUCUCAGAAUCAAUCAGCCAAACCGGAUAAACCCCCGAAGGUCAGAAUCGAAGGUCGACGCCGCCUCUGCAAGCUCUCCUCCUGCGACGACGCCGGUGCCGACGAGCCUUUCAAACCUAACUUCGCGCAAAUCACCGAUUUCGAUUCUCCUCCUGUAAAGACUCCCGUUGCCGGAAAGCCUUCCGAGCCUAGCUUCUCUGGAAUCACUACCGAUUUCGAUUCUCCACCUGCGAAAGCCAAUAAAAGCGUCGCCGAGGUAGGUAACGAGAUUAUGGACAUUCUUAACGAUUUGAGCUCGAGACUCAAUUACUUGUCGAUUGAGAAGAAACGAAUCCCUAAAGCCGGUGAGAACACACCUCUUUUGUGUGUAAAUGAAGUGCCGAAGCACAAUGAGGAGAUUGCCGAUGUGCCAGAGUAUGAGAGUGCUUCUUCUUCCUCUUUCUCAUUCAAAUCUGGCAAGUCCGAUAUCUCGUCGGGCUCUGCUAAGGAGUCUAGUGUUGGUGAUAAUGUUGGAACGGCUGUAGAGAAACAUGGGGUCGUUGUGGAUGAGGAGAGUGAAUCAGAGAAUGAUUCCGAGGGCGACAAUUUCUAUGUUAGCGUAAGGGAUACGGUUGAGGGAGGAUUGGAAAAUGAUAACAGUAGGGUUGAUAAAAAGACUGUAUCUACGGCGUAUGAUAGUGAUGGUGGCUGCGUUGUCCUAAGCAGUGGCGAAUCAGGUAAACGAGUAAAGCCUCAAACUCGUGGUGUUGAGGAGGAAGUUAGUGAUGAUGUCUCUGUUGAUGUAUCGGAAAGUGAUUGUAGUAACUCUGUUUCUGAGGAUGAAUUUACUCUCGCUUCGAGUGAUGCAAAGUUGAUAUACAGGUUACCUGGAAAAAUUGCAAGUAUGUUAUAUACACACCAGCGCGAUGGCUUGAAAUGGUUGUGGUCUCUUCACUGUCGUGGUACAGGAGGGAUUUUAGGGGAUGACAUGGGUUUGGGGAAGACAAUGCAGAUGUGCAGCUUCCUAGCUGGACUUUUUCACUCAUGCUUGAUUAAGAGGGCACUGGUUGUAGCCCCCAAAACGCUUCUGUCUCACUGGAUCAAGGAGCUAUCACUUGUGGGCCUUGGCGACAAAACAAAAGACUAUUUUGGAACUAGUGUAAAAGCGCGCCAGUAUGAACUUCAGUACAUACUCCAGGACAAGGGUGUUCUUCUUACAACUUAUGAUAUUGUACGGAACAAUUUUAAAGCUUUAAGAGGGGAUUGCUGCUCCGAUGAUGAGGACACCAUGACUUGGGACUACAUUAUACUUGAUGAGGGGCAUUUGAUAAAGAAUCCGGGAACACAAAGGGCCAAAAGUUUGCUUGAAAUACCUAGUGCCCACCGGAUCAUUAUCAGUGGGACACCACUUCAAAACAAUCUGAAGGAAUUGUGGGCAUUGUUCAGCUUCUGUUGUCCAGAACUUUUGGGGGACAAGAUAGAGUUUAAGUACAGAUACGAGGCUCCCAUUCUUCGUGGAAAUGAUAAGAAUGCCUUUGACAGGGAAAAGCGCAUCAGUUCUGCAGUUGCACAGGAGCUGAGACAACGCAUUGAACCAUUUUUUUUGCGACGCUUGAAGAGUGAGGUGUUUCUUGCAAAUAACACAGAAAAAAGUGCUAAGCUUUCUAAAAAGAAUGAGCUAAUUGUCUGGCUGAGAUUGACACAGUGCCAGCGACAAUUGUACGAAGCCUUUUUGAACAGUGAACUGGUUCUUUCAGCAUUUGAUGGAUCACCAUUGGCUGCAUUGACGAUCUUGAAAAAAAUCUGUGAUCAUCCAUUUAUGUUGACAAAAAGAGCUGCUGAAGAUAUUCUGGAAGGGAUGGACUCAAUGCUAAACCAGGAAGAGCUCGGGGUUGUAGAAAGAAUUGCAUUGCAUUUAACGAAUGUCACUGAUGGUGCAGAUUCUAGAAAGAUGAACAACAAUGUCUCAUGCAAGAUAUCUUUUAUAGAAUCCUUACUGGAUAACCUGAUUGCUGAGGGGCAUUGUGUACUGAUCUUUUCUCAAACCCGCAAGAUGCUAAAUUUAAUUCAGGAAUCAAUAAUAUCAAAGGGUUAUGAUUUCUUACGCAUUGAUGGGACCACAAAAGCUACUGACAGAGAGAAGAUUGUGAAUGAUUUCCAAGAAGGUAAAGGGGCUCCAAUUUUUCUCUUGACAUCUCAAGUUGGUGGCCUUGGUCUUACUCUUACAAAAGCAGAUCGUGUAAUUGUAGUUGAUCCAGCAUGGAAUCCAAGCACUGACAACCAAAGUGUUGACCGUGCAUACCGAAUUGGGCAAAAGAAGGAUGUUCUAGUUUACCGAUUAAUGACAUGUGGAACCAUUGAAGAGAAGAUAUAUAGAAUGCAGGUUUUCAAGGGAGGCUUGUUUCGAACUGCAACUGAGUGUAAAGAACAGACACGGUAUUUCAGCCGUCAGGAUCUUCGGGAGCUUUUCAGUCUCCCAAAGCAGGGAUUUGAUGUUUCACUCACUCGGCAUCACUUGAAUGAAGAGCAUGACGUCAAGCAAAAAAUGGAUGACUACUUGAAGAACCACAUAAAGUUUUUGGAGCUUCAAGGCAUUGCAGGAGUCAGUGACCACAGUUUGCUCUACUCCAAGACCGCAGCACCUGUACAACUUGUACCGGAAGAUGAGGAACUAUUAAGGAGAAGGCAAAGUGCUUUUGUUGGAAGCUCAAUGUCAUAUUCUUCAGUUGAACGUAAUGUUGACGGGGCUGCCUAUGCAUUCAAACCCAAAGAUUUGAAUGCUCAUAGAAGAGAUGCUGCUGCAGGUGGUAUGGCUAAACCUAAAGAGGUAGAUGUUAAGGAAAGAAUUGAUCGGCUUUCUCGAACUUUGGCAGACAAGGUCACUGUCUCAAGGUUACCAGAUAAGGGAGAUAGCAUCCGAAGGAAAAUUGCUGAAUUAUAUUUCGAGCUUGAUAAGCUUGGAGCGGAAACUAAGAAAGAAAAAGAAGUCAUUGAUUUGGAUGAUAUCUCUGGGGAGUUUCAGAGAGUGUUAUCUGUAUAAAUUCGU